AUGGCAAACACUACCCUUCCAGACGAUGGCCAAUGGAACAGCAAACCAGCUUGGAAGCUGCCAGGAUGGUGCGAACCAGUUAUGGUCGCCAGUAUCCUUUUCUUCGCCAUGUUUAUGACACGGAAACGAGACUUCAAGAUUUUCGGUCGAUCAUCACAGCGGACCGGUUAUCUUGACAACACACCGAACGAAUCCACAGACCGCCUUCUGCAAUCAGACAGCGACAGCGACUUCGACGAGAUCAGCGCGACCAAGAACCCCAACGCACCCAAAGUCCGCAGCAUCCUCUGGUGGAAGGUCACAACACCCAGCACAUCGCGCUUUCGAAACAACAUACACAGUCGCAUACUGCAGCGUUUCCCAUUCUUGAUUGAGAUGUUCUACUGGGUCAUCAACUACGCAUUCUACCGCAUGACCGCCAUUGCAUCGGCCAAGCUCUUCGCUGGGCGAGGAAUAUGGGACGUAGCACAGGAACAUGGAAUUGCAGUACUAGAAGCGGAAGAAUAUGGUUUCCUGAGAUUUUUAUUCCCGGUCCGCGAAAGAGAUGUCCAACAGUGGUUCAUGCAUGGACACCAAGACGCUCUUACAGUGCUAAACAAGUGCUAUGCGCUGAUUCACAUUCCUGGAACGGUUGGAUUCAUUUGCUGGUAUUACUACGUCGCACCGUCCUUUGACACUUUUGCCAUCGCCCGCCGAACCCUUACCCUGACCAACUUCUGCGCUUUUAUGACCUUUGUUGUAUACCCAUGCAUGCCGCCACGACUUCUACCUACCGAAUACGGCUUCCUUGACACUGUCCGUCACGACGAUGCACAGAGUGUAUGGAUGAGCGGCAAGUUCGUCAACCAGCUUGCAGCCAUGCCGUCGAUGCACUUCGGCUACUCUUUCUGCAUUGGCAUGACUAUGAUCUACCACUCCGGUCUUUUCCGCCGCACCCUGGAACAGGGUGAAGUACGCAAGAACGCAUUCUGGAAGAUCUUCUACCUACUUCUAGGAAUUGGAUACCCUUCCUUCAUCUUGACAGUUAUCGUUGCUACGGCCAACCAUUACUUCAUGGACGCAUUGGUGGCUACCUGCUUUGUCUUCCUUUCCUUCCUUUGCAACAAGUUCUUUUACGUCUUCAUCCCGCUUGAGGACCUCCUACUUUACCUUAUCCGAGCGGACAAACCCGUCCCCACAACUGGCGAUCGCUUCCACGAGAAGGGUGGCCUCAUAAUAGUUAUGGCGGAUUUUGAGCAACAGACGCCGAUUGAGGGCACACCCGUCAAUGACAUUGAGAUGGAGGGCGCGGGUGAUGCUGAAGCUGGCGCGGGCGAGACAACACUCUUGCCUGAGAUUGAACCGGAGACGCCCAAGCUGGUUCUCUUCGCUGAUCUCAUGAAGAGUCCGAUCGUCGAAGUCAUUGUGGGAUCCGGAGACGACCGAACUACAUACUCAGCACACGAGGCAGUUCUCGUGAAGUCGCCAGAGUUCGUCAAACAGGUUGAGAAGUUUGCGCCAGGAGGGCCUCGCCAGAUCGUCUACACAGAUUGCGACGUUGACGCCAUGGGCUCAGUGGUUGAAUACCUCUACACCGGCGAAUACUUCCCCAAGAAAACAUCCGGCGCACGCGACGCACCUCUCGAGAAGGACCCGCGGCAGCCGUCUACUGAUAACGAAGGCUUGGGUCUUCUUGUCCACGCACGCAUCUACACCCUCGCGGAUCGUCUCCAACUCCCAGAAUUGAAGUCCCUCGCACAUUCCAAAAUCCACCGUACGGCCUCGACAGCAAAGGGGGAGCUCGCAUACGCACGCUACGUAUACAAGGAGUCUAACCCCGAAGACGCGACUAUCCGCAAGCCCGUGGCUGCUUUCUGGGCUACACGCAGCUACAGCCUACGCCACGACGCCGAGCCAGAAUUUAGGGCCAUGUGUCUCGAGUUCCCACAAUUCUCGUACGAUGUGCUCCAGCUUGUCUUGGACCAACAAGAGAAGAAGCGUGGUGGUGAUGAUGGGCCGAGUCGAGGUGGGCCGAGCGUGGUUCCUGGAAGCACGAGGAAGAGGGCUAGAGUUAGUCAAGUAUAG